AGAAAGGUCUCCAAUGGUCUUACAUACCUCCCAGAGGCUGGGACUAUGCCCCCUUAGCCUGGUUGGCACCAGCCUAGCUCCAGGUGUCACUCAGAUUGGCAUAGGUGCCAGGGUCCUGGGGAAAUCUCCCUAGGGAGGAAGGGUGGUCUGGGCCUUAUUCCCCGUCCUGUCCACACCCUCUCUUAUUUUGCCCCUCCUCCUAAUUUAACCGAUAUCUUCUUAGAAUGGGCAGUGGUGUGGCAUUAAGGAGUUAAACACCCACUCUUGCCUGAGCCUGUGAGAGCUGCGUGGUGAACCAAACUGCGCCCGUGACCUGACAGUGGGGUCAGCCAAUCAGCACCCCCGCCACACCAGGUGAGGAUGGGGAGCCCUGAAGAUGACCUCAUUGGGAUUCCCUUCCCGGAUCACAGCAGUGAGCUCCUCAGCUGUCUAAACGAGCAGCGCCAGCUGGGCCAGCUGUGUGACCUCACAAUCCGAACCCAAGGCCUAGAAUACCGAACCCAUCGGGCAGUGCUGGCUGCUUGCAGCCACUACUUUAAGAAGCUGUUCACCGAGGGGGGUGGGGGCACGGGUGCCAGUGGCGGAAUGGCUGCCUCCUCAGGUGCCGGCGUCUGUGAACUGGAUUUUGUGGGGCCAGAAGCACUAGGGGCCCUGCUGGAGUUUGCCUACACGGCCACCCUCACCACCAGUAGCGCCAACAUGCCUGCCGUCCUCCAGGCAGCUAGACUGCUGGAGAUCCCCUGUGUCAUUGCUGCCUGUGUCGAAAUCCUGCAAGGGAGUGGGUUGGAGGCCCCUGGGCCUGAUGAAGAUGACUGUGAGAGGGCCCGCCAGUACCUGGAGGCCUUUGCAACUGUGGGCACUCGGGUGCCCAAUGGUGAUGACAGUCCACUACCAGCCCCUCUUCCACCACCCCCACCCCCAACACGGCCUGUUCCCCGGCGAAGCCGAAAGCCCCGAAAAGCCUUUUUGCAGACAAAGAGGCCUCAAACCAACCAUCUGGUGUCUGAUGUGGCUGCCAUCCCCCCCCACUCUUUUACGUAUCCAGAUGAGGAAGAGGCAGGAAGUGGCAUCGGGCUAGGAGAUGGCUAUAGCCCCCCUGGUGGGGCCAGGUCACCCCCUGAGGGGCACCUGGGCUAUGAAGGAUAUGAGGGGGAGGAAGAAGAGGAAGAUCUAGUGUACCCACCAGCCUAUGGGCUAGCUCAGAGUGGGGCAGCCCCCUUGUCCCCUGAAGAGUUGGUCUCAGAUGAGGACACCAUUGACCCUGACCUGAUGGCCUAUCUGAGUUCCCUGAAUCACGAAGCCCUCACACCAGGAUUAGAUGGCCAGGACAAGCUGGUACGAAAGCGUCGUUCCCAGAUGCCCCAGGAAUGUCCAGUUUGCCAUAAGAUCAUUCACGGGGCAGGCAAACUACCCCGACAUAUGCGGACCCACACUGGUGAGAAGCCUUUUGCCUGCGAGGUCUGUGGCGUCAGGUUCACCAGGAAUGACAAGCUGAAGAUCCACAUGAGGAAGCACACUGGUGAGCGGCCAUACUCCUGCCCACACUGCCCAGCGCGCUUCCUCCAUAGCUAUGACCUCAAGAACCACAUGCACCUGCACACAGGCGACCGGCCCUUUGAAUGCCACCUGUGCCACAAGGCUUUCGCCAAGGAGGACCACCUGCAGCGUCACCUGAAGGGCCAGAACUGCCUGGAGGUGCGGACCCGACGACGAAGAAAAGAUGAUGCACCCCCCCACUACCCCCCACCCCAGGCGCCCACACCAACUGGCCCUGGCCUUGACCUUUCCAACGGGCACCUGGAUGACUUCCGCCUCUCCCUGGCGCGUUUCUGGGAGCAACCAGCCAGGGCUGGGCCUCCUCCUCCACCCCCAGGGCCUCCUGAAGAAGACGAAGAGGAGGGGGCACCAACCACACCCCAGGCUGAGGGUGCCAUGGAAUCCUCUUAAAUGGGGAAAGGAGGUGGACUAGGGUGGAGUCGCAGGGUGGGCGCCAAUGCCAAGGAACGUGAGGGCUGUGGAGCACUGACCGUGGGUCAGGGGAACUUUGCCUUCAAGGGUACCAGACUCGGCUCCUCUGUACCUUGGCAGCUCCGGGCUAGUCCCACAUACAGGGAAAAGUUUGGGCUCUUCCCCAGAUUGGGGCAGACUCCCUCCCACCAAGAGGUGAUAAAUAUAUAUAUGUAUAUAUACAUAUAUAAUAUUUUGUAUAUAUAUAUAUAAAUAUAUAUACAGACACACACAGCUCUAUUGUAAAGGUGGGGUUCCCCCCUCCCCAAACCCUGGAUCUUCCCAGGGAUCUAGAAGCAAUAAUAUAUUUCUGAUUUGUAGGGGGGGGUCCCUUUUCGGCUAUGCGGGUUUUUAGGGGGUGAGGGGCAUGGGACCAAAUCCCUGCCCCACCCACCCUAAGGGUAGGGCUGUGUGUAUGGGGUGGGGGAAGCUGCCCCUCCUUUCCCGACCCCUCCUUCCUGGUUUCUGUUCCCCUUUUCCUGGCAGUGGAUUAUGCAAAGGUUGGGGGGGGGCGGUGAAUCGCGGUAAGGAAUAGAUUCUGGA